UGCGUUGCAAGUCAUAUGCAAGUACAUUUCAGAACUGAAUUUCAGUGUAACUUGACAGUGUGCAUUGUUGACAAAUCUUCAAAAUGCCUGAUCCUUGCUGCAACGAGAAAUGCGUUUGUGCCGAGGGUGGUUGCACAAAGGACUGCAAAUGCACAAGUUGCAAAUGCGCCCCGUGUGAGAAGUGCUCGUCUGGCUGCGCAUGUCCAUCCAAGGAGGAAUGUGCAACAAGAUGCACGAAGCCAUGCAGCUGUUGCCCAUAGACGUGGAACUUCUGCCCUUUGUUGCAUGAUGCAAGCAACGGAAAAUGGAGGGAUGUUUUUUUAUUAUUCUUCUCUAUCUUUUUUCUGAUUUCUCCUUUAUUUUAUGAUUGAUUUGUUGGGAUGUGUUUAAAUAAAUGGAAGAAAAUGUGAAAAA